CGCUCCCGGAGCCCGCAGGGGGCGCCCGCGAGCCGGAACGCGCCCUCUCCCCCGCCAAGAUGGCGGCGGCCGCCGUGCCCGUUCGGGUCUGCAACCAGGAGAUCGUCCGCUUCGACCUGGAGAUCAAGGCGGCCGUGCAGGACAUCCGGGACUGCCCGGGGCCGCUCAGCGCCCUCACCGAGCUCAACGCCGCCGUGAAGGAGAAAUUCCGCCACCUCCGCGGCCGCAUCCAGGAGCUCGAACAGAUGGCGAAGGAGCAAGAUAAAGAGUCGGAGAAACAGGCGUUACUGCGGGAAGUGGAAAAUCACAAGAAACAAAUGCUCAGCAAUCAGGCCGCUUGGAGAAAGGCAAAUCUGGCUUGUAAAAUUGCUAUCGACAACUCUGAGAAAGAUCAGCUGCUGCAGGGAAGAGACUCCUUCAGGCAAAGGAAGAGCACAAAGGAAAGUCUGGCAGAGAGUGCAAGUAACAUCACGGAGAGUCUGAUGAGCAUCAGCAGGAUGAUGUCACAGCAAGUCCAGCAGAGUGAGGAGACGGUGCAGACCUUAGCCAAUUCUUCACGAACCAUCCUGGAAGCAAAUGAAGAAUUCAAGUCCAUGUCUGGGACGAUUCAGUUGGGGCGCAAGCUGAUAACAAAGUACAACCGCAGGGAGCUGACGGACAAGCUGCUCAUCUUCCUGGCUCUUGCCUUAUUCCUGGCCACGGUGCUCUAUAUCUUGAAAAAAAGACUCUUCCCGUUUUUAUAAAAUUCCAAAGCUAAACUGAACUAUUACAAAAGAUCAGGAAGAGAUGGCAUAAUAACGAUAAGGCUUUUCAGUAAAAUAAUAAAGGGAUAUUGCAAUAGCUGAGAGAGCGUUAGAGCAAGCGUGACUUUAUACUGUUCCCGUGGAGCUUGCGACCUGCCUAAGAAGAGCUUGAGUGACCAUGAGUUGGGAAGAAGCAGGUAGAUCAAGGCGGGGAAAGAAGAAAGGCCCAUUUGCCUGUAAGUUUAGUGAACCAGACAAGCACUUGAGGAACUGGGCACUCAGAGGUGUUAGUCUUGACUUUGAACCUCUCUUUGUUUUGCCUUGAAAUUAACUCCUGUCCUUGGCUUGAACUGGAAGCUGCUUUGUAAGGUGCUUAGAGGAAGGAUGGAGGAGAGAAACUCACGUACAUUCCGUUAAUAAACUGUUGUAUCCAUGUAAACUUGAGUUUUGUUUAAAAACAAAGUCUAAUGGAUUGAAAGAGCCUGAACAACUUCCAGUGUAAGAAUUCUACUUAACAGCAGUGGAUUGUUUCUCCUGGGAGUGCAGCACACGUGCAGUCUGGCUCUGUUCCGCUGGCCCUGGGAGGGCUCUGACCAAAGCAAAAAUGGGAGCCCCGUUUGUUGCUGUUAAUUCACACGAUCUAUUUGAGAACGACAGUGCCAGUCUGUUGACAUCAAAAGCCUUUUUGCUUCUUUUCUUUGUAAAAUUCCACUUAAUGUUUUAUAUUUGCAAGAUACUGCCAAGUUGUACAUUGGAAAGUUUUGCUCGCUCAUUUCUUUUCUCAGUAAAAUCUUUUACGAUGUUUGCACUUCA